AUGUCUCAACCCGGGAUUGAGGGUUUGGCUGUAGGCCUGAACAAAGGUCACAAAGUCACCAAGAUCGACCGCAAACCUCGUCAAAGCCGUCACAUUGGGGCGUGCAGCAAGAAGUCGAAGGUUGUACGUGAACUUGUCAGAGAGAUCACUGGCUUUGCUCCAUACGAGAGACGUGUUCUUGAAUUGUUGCGUAUUUCCAAGGACAAGCGUGCACUUAAGUUCUUGAAAAAGCGUUUGGGUACCCACCUUCGUGCUAAGAAGAAGAGAGAGGACCUCCAGGGCGUGAUCGUUGCCCAACGUAAACAUCACAAGUAA